CUACAAUCAAAUCUGUGAUCAAAAUCUCAAUGAAGAAGUUAUUAAUCAACAAGUUCAAGAUUCUACAUCAUAUGAUACUAUAAAUUCAUAUUCAUUGCGCAUACCUAGUAAUAUUAAUAGUGCUGAUAAUUUAAAGACGUGUCAAUCUUGGAAUGUGAAUAGUUUUACCCAAUUUCAAGUUAAUACUUCUGUUCCAGCUUCAAAUUUUGAAUCUUUUGUAUCAGUAAUAACAAAAAAUUUAGAAGAGAUUACCAAUGUGAAUAAAACUACUAAACAUAACAAACAGAUGUGUCACUUUCUAUUUGAAAGAGUCCGAACAGCAAAAUCUGCAAUCGUCGAUAUAAUGACUAAUAAGGACGAACAAAAUGAGUUUUUUACUCAAACGAAUUUUGAAACUAUGAUAAAGCUCAUAAAUAAUGUAUUAAAAAUCAAAGAAUUUACUAUGGAUGUUUCAAAUUUGAAAGGAUUAUCAAAAUAUAUUAAAGCGAACAAUACAAAGUUAACAUUUAAAAAGUUAGUUAAAGAUUUUGAUUUAUAUGCAUCUAUUCUAGGUUUAAAGAUCAAAGAUAGUCAAUCACAACAAAGUAGUAAACUUUUGAAGGAAAAUAUUAAUUAUUUUAAUAAGAAUUAUAGAACUCUUAGUCAAAAUAAUACUUUUAAUGCUUUAGAAGAAUCAGAUAAAGGAAAAUCAAAAAAAUGGCUCGAAAAUGCUAUUUCUGAACAACAUAUCAAUUAUUAUAAAUAUGAUGAAUUCAGAAAGUUUGAGCAGAUCGGUAAAGGCGGAUUCGGAAUGGUAUAUAAAGCCGAAUUGAAUAAAUUGAGUUUAAUUGUUGCAUUAAAAAGUUUAAAAGUUAAUAAUGAUUCAGAUGAAGCAUUCAUUAAAGAGGCAAGCAAUAUAAUAUUAUUUUAUAUUAUCUAA